CGAGCCGCGAUGUUGGAGGGGCUUUCUUGUUUUCUUGGAGAGAUCACAGCGUGUUUAUUCCGAUGUUGCACUACUGGUGGUCCACCAAGUCUGGAGAACAUCUGUGUACUUGCCAUCAUGUCCUCGAUGGUAGGACUUUGCGCAUUUUCAGUCACUUCUCUCUGACUUACUCAACUUUCUUUCUCACCAUUCUAACACCCUCGAAUUUCGAUGUUUUCGCUGUUCCUUUCCCUCCUACUCAAAGUCUCUCUUCGCCACGUCUGUUUCUUCUUCUGUGUUUCUUCGGCGGGGGUUCGUAUAAUGACCCCGUCGUGAUAUUGCUCUGUUGCUGGCAGGGGUUCGUACAAAGACCCUGUCACUGCGUGUUUUCUUCGGCGGGGGUUCGUACAAUGACCCUGUCGUGAUAUCGCUCCGUUACUGGCAGACGUUUGUACAAAGACCCUGCCAUGGCGCGUAUAGCCGUCUGCUCUUGAGUACGGCUAUCUUCGUCGUUCGCA